ACUAACAUGGAAAAGUUUAAAGGUAGUGUUUUGUGCAAAAUUGUGAUAACAUUUAUGGUGUUAUCCAGUGUAAGUGCAAGUAUUAAAGAUGAAAUGCGCAAUAGUGUAUCGUUUAAACUGACGGAGUUAAUAAGAAAAUUGUUUCCGGUGGAUGAAAAAGUGAUGGAGAGUGCUUCGAAUAGCUUGAUACCGAACAUAAUCAAGUCGAUAAAGGAUUACAUCUUCCCAUCAACAACAACGACUUCAACCAUUGAAACAACUGAAUCAAUAGAAACUCAACAAACAACCACAUCAGAGACAGUCAAUCAAACAGAAACCCCGGACGAUAAACAAGAGCAACCAACGGCAGAAGAUGAACAAACAACUAGCACUGGUGACAAGACAGAAAGCACGACGGCUGAGGAAGAAGUCGAGACUACUUCAGCAGCCGAAGAAGAGACAGAAAGCACGACGGUUGAGGAAGAAGCCGAGACUACUCCAGCAGCCGAAGAAGAGACAGAAAGCACGACGGCUGAGGAAGAAGCCGAGACUACUCCAGCAGCCGAAGAAAUGACAGAAAGCACACCAGCUGAGGAAGAAGCCGAGACUACUCCAGCAGCCGAAGAAGAGACAGAAAGCACGACGGCUGAGGAAGAAGCCGAGACUACUCCAGCAGCCGAAGAAGAGACAGAAAGCACGACGGCUGAGGAAGAAGCCGAGACUACUCCAGAAGCCGAAGAAGAGACAGAAAGCACGACGGCUGAGGAAGAAGCCGAGACUACUCUAGCAGCCGAAGAAGAGACAGAAAGCACGACGGCUGAAGAAGAAGCCGAGACUACUCCAGCAGCCGAAGAAGAGACAGAAAGCACGACGGCUGAGGAAGAAGCCGAGACUACUCCAGCAGCCGAAGAAGAGACAGAAAGCACACCAGCUGAGGAAGAAGCCGAGACUACUCCAGCAGCCGAAGAAGAGACAGAAAGCACGACGGCUGAGGAAGAAGCCGAGACUACUCCAGCAGCCGAAGAAGAGACAGAAAGCACGAUGGCUGAGGAAGAAACAGAAAGCACGACGGCUGAGGAAGAAGCCGAGACUACUCCAGCAGCCGAAGAAGAGACAGAAAGCACACCAGCUGAGGAAGAAGCCGAGACUUCUCCAGCAGCCGAAGAAGAGACAGAAAGCACGACGGCUGAGGAAGAAGCCGAGACUACUCCAGCAGCCGAAGAAGAGACAGAAAGCACGACGGCUGAGGAAGAAGCCGAGACUACUCCAGCAGCCGAAGAAGAGACAGAAAGCACGACGGCUGAGGAAGAAACAGAAAGCACACCAGCUGAGGAAGAAGCCGAGACUACUCCAGCAGCCGAAGAAGAGACAGAAAGCACGACGGCUGAGGAAGAAUCCGAGACUACUCCAGCAGCCGAAGAAGAGACAGAAAGCACGACGGCUGAGGAAGAAGCCGAGACUACUCCAGCAGCCGAAGAAGAGACAGAAAGCACGACGGCUGAGGAAGAAGCCGAGACUACUCCAGAAGCCGAAGAAGAGACAGAAAGCACGACGGCUGAGGAAGAAGUCGAGACUACUUCAGCAGCCGAAGAAGAGACAGAAAGCACGACGGCUGAGGAAGAAGCCGAGACUACUCCAGCAGCCGAAGAAGAGACAGAAAGCACGACGGCUGAGGAAGAAGCCGAGACUACUCCAGCAGCCGAAGAAGAGACAGAAAGCACACCAGCUGAGGAAGAAGCCGAGACUACUCCAGCAGCCGAAGAAGAGACAGAAAGCACGACGGCUGAGGAAGAAGCCGAGACUACUCCAGCAGCCGAAGAAGAGACAGAAAGCACGAUGGCUGAGGAAGAAGCCGAGACUACUCCAGCAGCCGAAGAAAUGACAGAAAGCACACUAGCUGAGGAAGAAGCCGAGACUACUUCAGCAGCCGAAGAAGAGACAGAAAGCACGACGGUUGAGGAAGAAGCCGAGACUACUCCAGCAGCCGAAGAAGAGACAGAAAGCACGACGGCUGAGGAAGAAGCCGAGACUACUCCAGCAGCCGAAGAAAUGACAGAAAGCACACCAGCUGAGGAAGAAGCCGAGACUACUCCAGCAGCCGAAGAAGAGACAGAAAGCACGACGGCUGAGGAAGAAGCCGAGACUACUCCAGCAGCCGAAGAAGAGACAGAAAGCACGACGGCUGAGGAAGAAGCCGAGACUUCUCCAGCAGCCGAAGAAGAGACAGAAAGCACGACGGCUGAGGAAGAAGCCGAGACUACUCCAGCAGCCGAAGAAGAGACAGAAAGCACGACGGCUGAGGAAGAAGCCGAGACUACUCCAGCAGCCGAAGAAGAUACAGAAAGCACGACGGCUGAGGAAGAAGCCGAGACUACUCCAGCAGCCGAAGAAGAGACAGAAAGCACGACGGCUGAGGAAGAAGCCGAGACUACUCCAGCAGCCGAAGAAGAGACAGAAAGCACGACGGCUGAGGAAGAAGUCGAGACUACUUCAGCAGCCGAAGAAGAGACAGAAAGCACGACGGUUGAGGAAGAAGCCGAGACUACUCCAGCAGCCGAAGAAGAGACAGAAAGCACGACGGCUGAGGAAGAAGCCGAGACUACUCCAGCAGCCGAAGAAGAGACAGAAAGCACACCAGCUGAGGAAGAAGCCGAGACUACUCCAGCAGCCGAAGAAGAGACAGAAAGCACGACGGCUGAGGAAGAAUCCGAGACUACUCCAGCAGCCGAAGAAGAGACAGAAAGCACGACGGCUGAGGAAGAAGCCGAGACUACUCCAGCAGCCGAAGAAGAGACAGAAAGCACGACGGCUGAGGAAGAAGCCGAGACUUCUCCAGCAGCCGAAGAAGAGACAGAAAGCACGACGGCUGAGGAAGAAGCCGAGACUACUCCAGCAGCCGAAGAAGAUACAGAAAGCACGACGGCUGAGGAAGAAGCCGAGACUACUCCAGCAGCCGAAGAAGAGACAGAAAGCACGACGGCUGAGGAAGAAACAGAAAGCACGACGGCUGAGGAAGAAGCCGAGACUACUCUAGCAGCCGAAGAAGAGACAGAAAGCACGACGGCUGAAGAAGAAGCCGAGACUACUCCAGCAGCCGAAGAAGAGACAGAAAGCACGACGGCUGAGGAAGAAGCCGAGACUACUCCAGCAGCCGAAGAAGAGACAGAAAGCACGACGGUUGAGGAAGAAGCCGAGACUACUCCAGCAGCCGAAGAAGAGACAGAAAGCACGACGGCUGAGGAAGAAGCCGAGACUACUCCAGCAGCCGAAGAAAUGACAGAAAGCACACCAGCUGAGGAAGAAGCCGAGACUACUCCAGCAGCCGAAGAAGAGACAGAAAGCACGACGGCUGAGGAAGAAGCCGAGACUACUCCAGCAGCCGAAGAAGAGACAGAAAGCACACCAGCUGAGGAAGAAGCCGAGACUUCUCCAGCAGCCGAAGAAGAGACAGAAAGCACGACGGCUGAGGAAGAAGCCGAGACUACUCCAGCAGCCGAAGAAGAGACAGAAAGCACGACGGCUGAGGAAGAAGCCGAGACUACUCCAGCAGCCGAAGAAGAUACAGAAAGCACGACGGCUGAGGAAGAAGCCGAGACUACUCCAGCAGCCGAAGAAGAGACAGAAAGCACGACGGCUGAGGAAGAAGCCGAGACUACUCCAGCAGCCGAAGAAGAGACAGAAAGCACGACGGCUGAGGAAGAAGUCGAGACUACUUCAGCAGCCGAAGAAGAGACAGAAAGCACGACGGUUGAGGAAGAAGCCGAGACUACUCCAGCAGCCGAAGAAGAGACAGAAAGCACGACGGCUGAGGAAGAAGCCGAGACUACUCCAGCAGCCGAAGAAGAGACAGAAAGCACACCAGAUGAGGAAGAAGCCGAGACUACUCCAGCAGCCGAAGAAGAGACAGAAAGCACGACGGCUGAGGAAGAAUCCGAGACUACUCCAGCAGCCGAAGAAGAGACAGAAAGCACGACGGCUGAGGAAGAAGCCGAGACUACUCCAGCAGCCGAAGAAGAGACAGAAAGCACGACGGCUGAGGAAGAAGCCGAGACUACUCCAGAAGCCGAAGAAGAGACAGAAAGCACGACGGCUGAGGAAGAAGUCGAGACUACUUCAGCAGCCGAAGAAGAGACAGAAAGCACGACGGCUGAGGAAGAAGCCGAGACUACUCCAGCAGCCGAAGAAGAGACAGAAAGCACGACGGCUGAGGAAGAAGCCGAGACUACUCCAGCAGCCGAAGAAAUGACAGAAAGCACACCAGCUGAGGAAGAAGCCGAGACUACUCCAGCAGCCGAAGAAGAGACAGAAAGCACGGCGGCUGAGGAAGAAGCCGAGACUACUCCAGCAGCCGAAGAAGAGACAGAAAGCACACCAGCUGAGGAAGAAGCCGAGACUACUCCAGCAGCCGAAGAAAUGACAGAAAGCACGACGGCUGAGGAAGAAGCCGAGACUACUCCAGCAGCCGAAGAAGAGACAGAAAGCACGACGGCUGAGGAAGAAGCCGAGACUACUCCAGCAGCCGAAGAAGAGACAGAAAGCACACCAGCUGAGGAAGAAGCCGAGACUACUCCAGCAGCCGAAGAAGAGACAGAAAGCACGACGGCUGAGGAAGAAGCCGAGACUACUCCAGCAGCCGAAGAAGAGACAGAAAGCACGAUGGCUGAGGAAGAAGCCGAGACUACUCCAGCAGCCGAAGAAAUGACAGAAAGCACACUAGCUGAGGAAGAAGCCGAGACUACUUCAGCAGCCGAAGAAGAGACAGAAAGCACACCAGCUGAGGAAGAAGCCGAGACUACUCCAGCAGCCGAAGAAGAGACAGAAAGCACGACGGCUGAGGAAGAAGCCGAGACUACUCCAGCAGCCGAAGAAAUGACAGAAAGCACACCAGCUGAGGAAGAAGCCGAGACUACUCCAGCAGCCGAAGAAGAGACAGAAAGCACGACGGCUGAGGAAGAAGCCGAGACUACUCCAGCAGCCGAAGAAGAGACAGAAAGCACGACGGCUGAGGAAGAAGCCGAGACUUCUCCAGCAGCCGAAGAAGAGACAGAAAGCACGACGGCUGAGGAAGAAGCCGAGACUACUCCAGCAGCCGAAGAAGAGACAGAAAGCACGACGGCUGAGGAAGAAGCCGAGACUACUCCAGCAGCCGAAGAAGAUACAGAAAGCACGACGGCUGAGGAAGAAGCCGAGACUACUCCAGCAGCCGAAGAAGAGACAGAAAGCACGACGGCUGAGGAAGAAGCCGAGACUACUCCAGCAGCCGAAGAAGAGACAGAAAGCACGACGGCUGAGGAAGAAGUCGAGACUACUUCAGCAGCCGAAGAAGAGACAGAAAGCACGACGGUUGAGGAAGAAGCCGAGACUACUCCAGCAGCCGAAGAAGAGACAGAAAGCACGACGGCUGAGGAAGAAGCCGAGACUACUCCAGCAGCCGAAGAAGAGACAGAAAGCACACCAGCUGAGGAAGAAGCCGAGACUACUCCAGCAGCCGAAGAAGAGACAGAAAGCACGACGGCUGAGGAAGAAUCCGAGACUACUCCAGCAGCCGAAGAAGAGACAGAAAGCACGACGGCUGAGGAAGAAGCCGAGACUACUCCAGCAGCCGAAGAAGAGACAGAAAGCACGACGGCUGAGGAAGAAGCCGAGACUACUCCAGAAGCCGAAGAAGAGACAGAAAGCACGACGGCUGAGGAAGAAGUCGAGACUACUUCAGCAGCCGAAGAAGAGACAGAAAGCACGACGGUUGAGGAAGAAGCCGAGACUACUCCAGCAGCCGAAGAAGAGACAGAAAGCACGACGGCUGAGGAAGAAGCCGAGACUACUCCAGCAGCCGAAGAAAUGACAGAAAGCACACCAGCUGAGGAAGAAGCCGAGACUACUCCAGCAGCCGAAGAAGAGACAGAAAGCACGGCGGCUGAGGAAGAAGCCGAGACUACUCCAGCAGCCGAAGAAGAGACAGAAAGCACGACGGCUGAGGAAGAAGCCGAGACUACUCCAGAAGCCGAAGAAGAGACAGAAAGCACGACGGCUGAGGAAGAAGCCGAGACUACUCUAGCAGCCGAAGAAGAGACAGAAAGCACGACGGCUGAAGAAGAAGCCGAGACUACUCCAGCAGCCGAAGAAGAGACAGAAAGCACGACGGCUGAGGAAGAAGCCGAGACUACUCCAGCAUCCGAAGAAGAGACAGAAAGCACACCAGCUGAGGAAGAAGCCGAGACUACUCUAGCAGCCGAAGAAGAGACAGAAAGCACGACGGCUGAAGAAGAAGCCGAGACUACUUCAGCAGCCGAAGAAGAGACAGAAAGCACGACGGCUGAGGAAGAAGCAGAGACUACUCCAGCAGCCGAAGAAGAGACAGAAAGCACGAUGGCUGAGGAAGAAGCCGAGACUACUCCAGCAGCCGAAGAAAUGACAGAAAGCACACCAGCUGAGGAAGAAGCCGAGACUACUCCAGAAGCCGAAGAAGAGACAGAAAGCACGACGGCUGAGGAAGAAGUCGAGACUACUUCAGCAGCCGAAGAAGAGACAGAAAGCACGACGGCUGAGGAAGAAGCCGAGACUACUCCAGCAGCCGAAGAAGAGACAGAAAGCACGACGGCUGAGGAAGAAGCCGAGACUACUCCAGCAGCCGAAGAAGAGACAGAAAGCACGACGGCUGAGGAAGAAGCCGAGACUACUCCAGCAGCCGAAGAAGAGACAGAAAGCACGACGGCUGAGGAAGAAGCCGAGACUACUCCAGCAGCCGAAGAAGAGACAGAAAGCACGACGGCUGAGGAAGAAGCCGAGACUACUCCAGCAGCCGAAGAAGAGACAGAAAGCACGACGGCUGAGCAAGAAGCCGAGACUACUCCAGCAGCCGAAGAAGAGACAGAAAGCACGACGGCUGAGGAAGAAGCCGAGACUACUCCAGCAGCCGAAGAAGAGACAGAAAGCACGACGGCUGAGGAAGAAGUUGAGACUACUCCAGCAGCCGAAGAAGAGACAGAAAGCACGACGGCUGAGGAAGAAGCCGAGACUACUCCAGCAGCCGAAGAAGAGACAGAAAGCACGGCGGCUGAGGAAGAAACAGAAAGCACGACGGCUGAGGAAGAAGCCGAGACUACUCCAGCAGCCGAAGAAGAGACAGAAAGCACGACGGCUGAGGAAGAAGUCGAGACUACUUCAGCAGCCGAAGAAGAGACAGAAAGCACGACGGCUGAGGAAGAAGCCGAGACUACUCCAGCAGCCGAAGAAGAGACAGAAAGCACGGCGGCUGAGGAAGAAGUCGAGACUACUCCAGCAGCCGAAGAAAUGACAGAAAGCACACCAGCUGAGGAAGAAGCCGAGACUACUCCAGCAGCCGAAGAAGAGAAAGAAAGCACGACGGCUGAGGAAGAAUCCGAGACUACUCCAGCAGCCGAAGAAGAGACAGAAAGCACGACGGCUGAGGAAGAAGCCGAGACUACUCCAGCAGCCGAAGAAGAGACAGAAAGCACGACGGCUGAGGAAGAAGCCGAGACUACUCCAGCAGCCGAAGAAGAGACAGAAAGCACGACGGCUGAGGAAGAAGUCGAGACUACUCCAGCAGCCGAAGAAGAGUCAGAAAGCACGACGGCUGAGGAAGAAUCCGAGACUACUCCAGAAGCCGAAGAAGAGACAGAAAGCACGACGGCUGAGGAAGAAGCCGAGACUACUCCAGCAGCCGAAGAAGAGACAGAAAGCACGACGGCUGAGGAAGAAGCCGAGACUACUCCAGCAGCCGAAGAAGAGACAGAAAGCACGACGGCUGAGGAAGAAGCCGAGACUACUCCAGCAGCCGAAGAAGAGACAGAAAGCACGACGGCUGAGGAAGAAGCCGAGACUACUCCAGCAGCCGAAGAAGAUACAGAAAGCACGACGGCUGAGGAAGAAGCCGACACUACUCCAGCAGCCGAAGAAGAGACAGAAAGCACGACGGCUGAGGAAGAAACAGAAAGCACGACGGCUGAGGAAGAAGUCGAGACUACUCCAGCAGCCGAAGAAGAGACAGAAAGCACGACGGCUGAGGAAGAAGCCGAGACUACUCUAGCAGCCGAAGAAGAGACAGAAAGCACGACGGCUGAGGAAGAAGCCGAGACUACUCCAGCAGCCGAAGAAGAGACAGAAAGCACGACGGCUGAGGAAGAAGCCGAGACUACUCCAGCAGCCGAAGAAGAGACAGAAAGCACGACGGCUGAGGAAGAAGCCGAGACUACUCCAGCAGCCGAAGAAGAGACAGAAAGCACGACGGCUGAGGAAGAAGCCGAGACUACUCCAGCAGCCGAAGAAGAGACAGAAAACACGACGGCUGAGGAAGAAGCCGAGACUACUCCAGCAGCCGAAGAAGAGACAGAAAGCACGACGGCUGAGCAAGAAGCCGAGACUACUCCAGCAGCCGAAGAAGAGACAGAAAGCACGACGGCUGAGGAAGAAGCCGAAUCUACUCCAGCAGCCGAAGAAGAGACAGAAAGCACGACGGCUGAGGAAGAAGCCGAGACUACUCCAGCAGCCGAAGAAGAGACAGAAAGCACGACGGCUGAGGAAGAAGCCGAGACUACUCCAGCAGCCAAAGAAGAGACAGAAAGCACGACGGCUAAGGAAGAAGCCGAGACUACUCCAGCAGCCGAAGAAGAUACAGAAAGCACGACGGCUGAGGAAGAAGCCGAGACUACUCCAGCAGCCGAAGAAGAGACAGAAAGCACGACGGCUGAGGAAGAAGCCGAGACUACUCCAGCAGCCGAAGAAAUGACAGAAAGCACGACGGCUGAGGAAGAAGCCGAGACUACUCCAGCAGCCGAAGAAGAGACAGAAAGCACGACGGCUGAGGAAGAAGCCGAGACUACUCCAGCAGCCGAAGAAGAUACAGAAAGCACGACGGCUGAGGAAGAAGCCGAGACUACUCCAGCAGCCGAAGAAGAGACAGAAAGCACGACGGCUGAGGAAGAAGCCGAGACUACUCUAGCAGCCGAAGAAGAGACAGAAAGCACGACGGCUGAAGAAGAAGCCGAGACUACUCCAGCAGCCGAAGAAGAGACAGAAAGCACGACGGCUGAGGAAGAAGCCGAGACUACUCCAGCAGCCGAAGAAGAGACAGAAAGCACGACGGCUGAGCAAGAAGCCGAGACUACUCCAGCAGCCGAAGAAGAGACAGAAAGCACGACGGCUGAGGAAGAAGCCGAGACUACUCCAGCAGCCGAAGAAGAGACAGAAAGCACGACGGCUGAGGAAGAAGUCGAGACUACUUCAGCAGCCGAAGAAGAGACAGAAAGCACGACGGCUGAGGAAGAAGCCGAGACUACUCCAGCAGCCGAAGAAGAGACAGAAAGCACGACGGCUGAGGAAGAAGUCGAGACUACUUCAGCAGCCGAAGAAGAGACAGAAAGCACACCAGCAGAGGAAGAAGUCGAGACUACUCCAGCAGCCGAAGAAAUGACAGAAAGCACACCAGCUGAGGAAGAAGCCGAGACUACUCCAGCAGCCGAAGAAGAGACAGAAAGCACGACGGCUGAGGAAGAAGCCGAGACUACUCCAGCAGCCGAAGAAGAGACAGAAAGCACGACGGCUGAGGAAGAAGCCGAGACUACUCCAGCAGCCGAAGAAGAGACAGAAAGCACGACGGCUGAGGAAGAAGCCAAGACUACUCCAGCAUCCGAAGAAGAGACAGAAAGCACGACGGCUGAGGAAGAAGCCGAGACCACUCCAGCAGCCGAAGAAGAGACAGAAAGCACGACGGCUGAGGAGGAAGCCGAGACUACUCCAGCAGCCGAGGAAGAGACAGAAAGCACGACGGCUGAGCAAGAAGCCGAGACUACUCCAGCAGCCGAAGAAGAGACAGAAAGCACGACGGCUGAGGAAGAAGCCGAGACUACUCCAGCAGCCGAAGAAGAGACAGAAAGCACGACGGCUGAGGAAGAAGUCGAGACUAAUUCAGCAGCCGAAGAAGAGACAGAAAGCACGACGGCUGAGGAAGAAGCCGAGACUACUCCAGCAGCCGAAGAAGAAACAGAAAGCACGGCGGCUGAGGAAGAAACAGAAAGCACGACGGCUGAGGAAGAAGCCGAGACUACUCCAGUAGCCGAAGAAGAGACAGAAAGCACGACGGCUGAGGAAGAAGCCGAGACUACUCCAGCAGCCGAAGAAGAGACAGAAAGCACGACGGCUGAGGAAGAAGCCGAGACUACUCCAGCAGCCGAAGAAGGGACAGAAAGCACGACGGCUGAGGAAGAAGUCGAGACUACUCCAGCAGCCGAAGAAGAGACAGAAAGCACGACGGCUGAGGAAGAAGCCGAGACUACUCCAGCAGCCGAAGAAGAGACAGAAAGCACGACGGCUGAGGAAGAAGCCGAGACUACUCCAGCAGCCGAAGAAGAGACAGAAAGCACGACGGCUGAGGAAGAAGCCGAGACUACUCCAGCAGCCUUAGAAGAGACAGAAAGCACGACGGCUGAGGAAGAAGCCGAGACUACUCCAGCAGCCGAAGAAGAGACAGAAAGCACGACGGCUGAGGAAGAAGCCGAGACUACUCCAGCAGCCGAAGAAGAGACAGAAAGCACGACGGCUGAGGAAGAAGCCGAGACUACUCCAGCAGCCGAAGAAGAGACAGAAAGCACGACGGCUGAGGAAGAAGCCGAGACUACUCCAGCAGCCUUAGAAGAGACAGAAAGCACGACGGCUGAGGAAGAAGCCGGGACUUCUCCAGUAGCCGAAGAAGAGACAGAAAGCACGACGGCUGAGGAAGAAGCCGAGACUACUCCAGCAGCCGAAGAAGAGACAGAAAGCACGACGGCUGAGGAAGAAGCCGAGACUACUCCAGCAGCCGAAGAAGGGACAGAAAGCACGACGGCUGAGGAAGAAGUCGAGACUACUCCAGCAGCCGAAGAAGAGACAGAAAGCACACCAGCUGAGGAAGAAGGCGAGACUACUCCAGCUGCCGAAGAAGAGACAGAAAGCACGACGGCUGAGGAAGAAGCCGAGACUACUCCAGCAGCCGAAGAAGAGACAGAAAGCACGACGGCUGAAGAAGAAGUCGAGACUACUCCAGCAGCCGAAGAAGAGACAGAAAGCACGACGGCUGAGGAAGAAGCCGAGACUACUCCAGCAGUCGAAGAAGAGACAGAAAGCACGACGGCUGAGGAAGAAGCCGAGACUACUCCAGCAGCCGAAGAAGAGACAGAAAAACCUAUUGACGCGUGUAUGGAGUAUACACCUCCUCCUCCAGCACUCAAACACCUUUACGUGAAGUUGAAACCCCAUUUGAAUGUUACCCAUCGAGAACCUACUCCACCUCGCAAGAGUUUCCCCAGCUAUCGUAAACUGAUAAAAGACAUCAACAAGGUGUCGCCGGGAUCGGGAACGUUUAAACAAAAGAUUGAAGGAGUCAUCUCCAAGUUCCAGGCAGCAAUUAACGAUUCAAUUACAUCGCAGUUACAAUUUUUCGAAUCGACUCGCAUCAACAUGCUGUUUCAGUUGAAAAACUUUGUUCAAAAAUCGUACAACAGCUUCACCGAUCUGGUUGACCAAUCGUUCGAGAGGAGUGGCGUUUGUACCGGUAGAGCUAAGGAAUGUUGGGACAAGCUGCAGACAGGGCUGCCUCGCUUUAUGGACGAGAUGAACCAAGAGAUCGUAACGUGUGACGAUAUUUUCAAUGCGAACAUGGAAAAUCCUCGCGGUGUAUCGGUGCGUCAGGUUACGGUGCACCGUAUCAGCCAGGAGAUUGGACACAUCCAGUCGAAAUGUUUGAGCAGUGCGCAAGGAAACACGCAGACGCUAACCUGUCUGCUGAAGAGUCUUCCUCACUAUGUGCCACGGAGUGCAGCAUACUUCAGCAGCCUGCAGAACGUAAUCAGCCAAGGAACCAAUCUGAUGGGCUACGUUACAUCGAUGGCGCAAAGCUGUUAUCAGACGGCGUAUAGCACACGUAUCGAGCAGUUUAACAACGGCAUGACAAAGCUGAACCGUUGCGUGCAGGGAGGAAAAUCGAACGAUGUGGCGCUAAACAAAGAGCUGGACAAAUAA